AUGAGCCCCGUCGCGGGAACCCCGGAGGCCGCCAGCCCGCGCGCCGCCGACGGCUCUGCCGUGCCGCCGCUGGCGUCGCUCGCCAAGCCGUCGUCGUCAGGCGAUCUUUCGUCGCUGGGCGACGCGAACAGCGACAUUCCGUGGUGGUCCGUCGCUCUGCCGCUCGAAUCCUCGGGCGGUGCCGCGUCGCCGCUCUUCUCCCCGCUUCUCUCGCCGUUGCCCGGCAAUUCCGGGUUGAGCGGCGAGGGCUUCGCGCUGUAUGGCGAAUUGGGGCGGCUGGACGGCGAGUGGGACAGCCCCGAGGGGCGCCGCCGGUCGGACGCGCCCGCCGCCGCCGCUGCGGACGACGACGCCGGCGGCGCUGCUGUUGCUGACGUCACACAAGGUGCGCAAGCUAACGGUGUGGGUGGGUUGGGAGAAGCGGCGGGAGAAGGGUGGGGCGACGAGGCUCUCAGUAGCGCCGGCAGUGACGGCCAUGUCGCUGCUGCCGGUGCUGCCACCGGCAUCAGCGGUGCGAGCGAUGCCGGCAGUGGCAUCAGCGGCGGUGGGGUGGCGCACAGCAGUAGCGCAUGGGACGGGUGCGGCAACGACGCGAGCAGCAGCGGGGCUGUGACGUUGAGGGGCGUGCAGGCGGAUGUGCUGUCCAACGCGAGUGGCGGCGAGGGCAGCGCGUCAGGGCGCGCGGAGGAGCACGCGGAGGCUGUUUGCCCUCGCGGCCGUGCUGCGGGGCAGGCAGGGCUGGCGGAGACGCGGCAGGCGGAGGGCGCAGCAUCGGAUAAGACAGGCUUGGAGCAGCCCGUGGUGAUAGAGGUGGUGCGAGUAGGUAGCGGGGCGAGCGGGGGUGAGGGGGAGCAGGUGGGCAGCGAGGUGGGUGGCGAGGCGGGUGCAGCGGGGCUGCAGAGGCGCUACCCCAGCUUCCGCGUGCGCGGCCAUGCGCCAAGCAGCAACGCGCACGAUAGCCACGACCUGCUGGCGCCUCCCGCGAUGCUGGGGGCUGCUGCUGGGCCGGGCGGUGCGGCAGCCCAUGGGGGAAGGCAGGGCGGGGUGGGGGAGCAGAAGGACAGGCCGCGGAGCAGCGCAGGCGUGGUGCGGCUGUGCGCGGGAGCAUGGCGGCCCACCGCGCAUGUGGACGGCUCACCUCUCCCCGCAGGUGCAUUAUCAGUGGCGGCAGCAGCAGAGACGAGGCCCAAGCGCCGCCACCAGAAGGCACCCGCAGCAGCGGCAGUGGCGACAGCGGCAGGAGGGGCAUCAGCGGCAUCCCCGCGGGGGGCGUGGCGCAGCGUGGAGGCGAGGAGCAGCCGGCGGCGGCGCAGGGCGCAGCAGAGGCGGGCGGGCGCGCGCGGGGCGAGUGGGUCGUCAGGCGAGUGGGAUGACGAUUUCUGGGGCACGGGGCAGGGCGAGGGGCGCUCACAGGGGCACACAGGGGCGCACGGGGUCCAGGGGGCCGUGGAGGGGCUGCCUACAGGGGUGGUGGCGCCGUGUGAGAGCAGCCCUGCUGCUGGUGCUGCUGCUGCUGGUGCUGUUGAUACAGGCAGUGAUGGGCGUGGCAGUGCGGGUGCAGCAGUGGAGGCAGCGACCUCACCAGCCGGCCCCCUCCGCUGCUGGCAGGCCGUCUCGCUUCGCGUCCCUCAGGCAGCGCUGGGAGCACGGCGGCACGGCUGCUCAUGGCGGUGCUGGUGGUGCUGA